AUGGCCGACAAAACUGCUGGUGAUGAUACGGCUUUCAACUCUCUUCUUAGCGCAGAAAGCACGGCUGCUCCUAGAGAUACUGGAACCCCUCUGCAAUCGACUUCUGGUCGUUCUACACCUUCUAAAAUUCAACAGCCUAAACCACAAGUGCUCGCAAACAGAUCCGGCCCCUCGGCGAUUCUUGUCUCUUCCAGGCAAAAGGGCAACCCUAUCCUAAACCACAUCAAGCUUUUACCCUGGGAGUAUGCAGAUAUACCCGCCGAUUAUGUCCUCGGAGCGACUACCUGCGCGUUGUUUCUAUCGCUGAAGUACCACCGGUUACAUCCCGAGUAUAUCUACUCUCGAAUCAAGGCACUGGCGGGGAAAUACAUGCUUCGGAUACUAUUGAUUAUAGUGGAUAUACCCAAUCAUGAAGACAGUUUGAAGGAGCUUUCCAAGACGUCAAUUAUCAAUAAUCUCACGCUGAUGCUAUGCUGGUCGGCCACCGAAGCCGCUCACUACCUCGAAUUAUUUAAAGCGUCCGAAAACGCCCAACCGACCGCAAUUCGCACUCAACAAGCUCAGUCCUACAAAGAGUCCCUGGUAGAGUUUGUUACGACGCCCAGAAGCAUUAACAAGUCUGAUGCAGCGAGUCUGAUAUCUACGUUCGGAAGCCUACAGAACGCUAUCAACGCGCAGCCAGAGCAGAUCAGCGCUGUACCCGGUUGGGGUGAAAAGAAGGUUCACCAGUGGUGCAAUGCAGUGAGGGAGGAUUUCCGAGUGGAAAAUGCGAAGAGAGUAAAGGCACCUGAGAGAAGUCCGGUGGAUGCUGGUGAGAAUACGACAGGGUCUGGGAAGAUGUAUGAGACGACCGAAGCGGCCAUGUAUCUUGCGGAAGCGGAAGGGAGGAGUCAGUUGGAGACUCAGAAAGGACCGUUGGCGGAUGAUACUCCGCAGCAAGCUGGCUACGCCGAAGAAGUGAGUGAUGGCAUUGCUGCAGCUCUCGCAAAACUUCGAGAAAGUGGGGGCUGA